AUGCGCCGCCAAUCACUGGUAAGGUCUGCCGGUGAUGGAAAUCCGGAGCAGCAUGCUUCGCUUUCCCCGACCUUGGGCCGCUGGACGACUCCGGCACACAUCCAACCUCGACAUCGCUCGCACCCUGUGCUCGAUCGCUUCCUAUCACUUCUUGCGACGCUCGCAAUCCCGCUACAGCUUUCUUCCCUUGCACUAGCGACGCCUACGCUGCUCCUCACCGUCCUCGAAGCUCUGCUGGAGACGCGGCUCAUCGAGGUCGAGAAUGGUUGGCGAGGAAGUCGGGAGGAGGAGGACAGACGUCGGCUCCUGUUGAUGCUACUCGAGGCGAUUACGCAGGUCUGGGAGGCCAUCGCGAGGCGAACAGGCGAGCGUGGAGACGGAUGGACGUGGAGGGUGGACGAGGUAGACGUCGACAAGGCGAUCAAGGGCGACGAAAUCGAGAUCGCGAGAGUUGUCGAGGCGCUGUUGUGCAUCGCGGAGGCGUUGGGAGCGGUAGAAGGGCGGGGUGGACCUUCGACGCCGCAUGACGCUCAACUUUGUCCUCGGCUCGAUCCCGACGUUUUCCACGACCCUCAUCGCAGUACCACCUCAACCAGCCUGUUCGCGCCUCGUCCCCUCCGAUCCCGUUCGCUGGUCGUCCCGUCCUCCGCCGAGCCGCGUCGCCCUCGCGCUUCAACAGAUGCAGGCGAUCCAACGGUUGCUCCGCUUUCUCCGCCGUCACACCAGACUCGUCACAAGAUGCCCGACUCAUCAACACUCCCGCACCGAGACUCACCCACCUCCUCCACCUCCUUUCUCGCCACGCUCAACGACCCCUCCUCACAUCUCGUCGACGGCUGGCGCGAAAAGCGACCUGUACCGCCUCUCUCCCCGCGGAGAACGGGAAGUGCGGUUGCGGGAGAGUUGCCAUCUCGCAGUCUGAAGGAGGCGCUCAAGCGCUUGGAGGCAGGACGGCGAGAGCGCGAAGUGGUUGGCGGUGCGAGCGCCGAAGGAGGGAGGCAGGAGGGGGUGGAAGAGGAGCAGGCGGAAAAAGGGCGGACCGAGCCGAUCGAAGGAGACUCCGACACUGGUGAACGACCGACUACAUCUCCAGCUCGACUUCGACCUCGCCCUCCACGGCUCUCCAAUUCCCGCUCGUCAUCGUCCUGGUCGUCCGUAUCCGAACUGGCGAAGUCUCCGCUCCCGCCUUGCACCUGCUCUACCUCGCCUGGUCGGUCAGCGCCCGCCACUUCCCCUCCAAAGCCCUCUCCUCCACGAGCGCAACGAGGAACAACGACGCCAGCAUUCGCACGAGCACGCCGCAUCCGAGUGAGCCGCAUCCCCUUCGACAGCUGCAGCGAGGACGUCGCCUUGCUCUCCGUCCAUUCGUCAACCGACGUCGAGCGGAGUUCUCGCUCUAUUGGCUCGACUCUCUCGGCACCCACGAGCGAUCCCACCCUUGCCGAGCCGCCUGCACCGUGUCCUCAGCCUCCUCGUGGCAACUCUCGCUCGCCUGGCGAUCGGCCAGCGCUCUCGCCUUACACAGUCGCGCUCACUGCGAAACGAGAUGCACUUAAAGCGAAGCUGGCAGUGCUGGAGCGGAGGGAGGCGGAUCGGCGAGCGUUGAUGAGCUAG